GGCAGGGGACCCGGCAGCGACGACGACAGCGACACGGAGAGCGGGCGCGCGUGGCACCCGCGGGACGGAGGAGCCGCCGCUGCAGCCGCCGCAGUCCCCGCAGGCGCGCUCGGAGCAGUGACCGGACCCCCCGCAAUCCCAGGCCCUGCCCUCCCCCCUCCUGCUGGUCGCUCGGCUGAGAUUAUGCGUGGUCGCCUCCGGGCCGGUGAUCAGAGCCCGUCGCCCGGAGGCUGUCGAGCGGGCGGCGAGCCCUCCUGCAUCUCCCCUUCGGCCGAUGCCCCCCGCCUAGGCUAGAGCUCCUCGGGAGAUCUACAGUCAUGUAUUUCCUCAGCGGCUGGCCCAAGAGGCUACUGUGUCCUCUGGAGUCCCUGGAGCAACCUCUUCACAUCCAGACGGAUCCCCAGAGAGCUUUCUUCGCAGUAUUAUCCCCGUCUCAGCUAAGCAUUUGGUACUGCAGACCCAGUGUAUUAAUCGUAAGCUACAAGGAACUAUCAAAAGCAGCAUCUCAGUUUGGACCUUAUAAACAAGCAGAAUGGCGGCCUGACAGUACCAUGAUAGCUGUUUCAACUGCAAAUGGAUACAUCUUGUUUUUUGAAAUCCCAUCAGCAAGAGACAGAUAUCUUUAUGAGCCAAUUUAUCCCAAAGGAAGCCUGCAUCUGAAGGGAACCCCACAUUAUAAGGAAGAACAGUGCGCUCCUUCACUAAAUCUAGAAAUGAAGAAAGUGCUGGACUUGCAGGCCUCUAUUACAUGUUUGCAGUCCACAUUAGAGGAUCUACUUGUUGCUACUGCUGAUGGAUUUCUCCAUCUUGUUCACUGGGAUGGUAUGACCAAUGGAAGGAAGGCCAUCAACCUAUGUACAGUUCCAUUUUCUGUGGACCUGCAGUCUUCUCGAGCAGGUUCAUUUUUGGGCUUUGAAGAUGUUUACAUCAGAGAUAUGGAAUACUGUGCCACGCUCGAUGGUUUUGCUGUUGUUUUUAAUGAUGGGAGAGUUGGUUUCAUUACACCAAUGUCAAGUAGAUUCACUGCUGAGCAGCUCCAUGGUGUUUGGGCACAGGAUGUGAUUGAUGGAACUUGUGUGGCAGUAAAUAACAAGUACAGGCUAAUGGCAUUUGGAUGUGCUAAUGGCUCUGUGCAGGUUUAUACAAUAGAUACCACCACAGGCGCCAUGCAGUUUUCUCAUAAAUUGGAGCUGACACCAAAACAAUAUCCUGAUAUUUGGAAUAAAACAGGACCUGUUAAACUAAUCAGAUGGUCACCUGAUAGCUGUGUUGUGAUGGUGACCUGGGAAUGUGGAGGCUUGUCCUUGUGGAGUGUUUUUGGUGCUCAGCUUAUCUGUACUUUAGGAGGUGAUUUUGCGUAUCAGUCUGAUGGUGCCAAAAAGGACCCUCUAAAGAUCAGUUCUAUGACCUGGGGAUCAGAAGGGUAUCAUCUGUGGGUUAUUGAUGGGAAUUCUGCUUCAAACCUGAAACCUGAAAGAGAUGCAAAUAAUGAAGCUCGCCAGUUUGGUAUUCUGCAGUUUCAUUUCAUCAAGAGUGCACUCACUGUUAAUCCUUGUAUGAGUAACCAGGAACAAGUCCUCCUUCAAGGAGAAGACCGCUUGUAUUUGAACUGUGGAGAUGCAACACAGGCUCAGAGCCCCAGAAAUACAUCACACUCUGAACAUAAGCCUACCAGGGAAAGAGGCCCAUUUUCAGAUGGCAGUUUAGAUUCUCAGGGUUUAAGCACUUUACUAGGACACAGGCAUUGGCAUGUUGUACAGAUUCAUAGUACGUAUUUAGAGAGCAACUGGCCUAUAAGGUUUUCAGCUAUUGACAAGCUCGGACAGAAUGUAGCUGUUGUUGGCAAGUUUGGUUUUGCACAUUAUUCUUUACUCACCAAAAAAUGGAAGCUGUUUGGAAACAUUACCCAGGAGCAAAAUAUGAUGGUGACGGGGGGCUUAGCAUGGUGGAAUGACUUCAUUGUUCUUGCAUGUUAUAAUUUAAAUGAUCAUCAGGAAGAGCUGAGAAUCUACCUGCGAACGUCUAAUCUUGACAAUGCAUUUGCACACAUCACCAAAGUGCAAGCAGACACGUUGCUCCUGAGUGUCUUCCGGGACAUCGUGAUAUUGUUCAGAGCAGAUUGUUCUAUUUGCCUUUACAGUAUUCAGAGAAGGCCUGAAGGUCUUAACCCUACUGCCACUAUUCAAGUUCUUCAAGAAGUGUCCAUGUCUCGGUACAUCCCUCAUCCUUUCCUUGUAGUGUCUGUUACAUUGACAUCGGUGAGGACAGAGACUGGUAUCACCUUAAAGAUGCCUCAGCAGGCUUGUGAGGCUGAAAGUAUUAUGCUAAACUUGGCAGGACAGCUCAUCAUGUUGCAAAGGGAUCGAUCUGGACCUCAGAUACGAGAUAAGGAUAGUAAUCCUAAUCAAAGAAAGCAUCUGCCUUUUUGUGCUCCAGUUGUCUUAGCCCAGUCUGUUGAAAAUGUAUGGACUACUUGCAGGAUCAACAAACAGAAACGCCACUUAUUGGAGGCUCUGUGGCUCAGCUGUGGUGGGGCAGGUAUGAAAGUCUGGCUUCCCCUGUUUCCCAGAGAUCAUCGAAAACCACAUUCCUUUCUUUCAAGACGGAUCAUGCUGCCUUUCCACAUCAACAUAUACCCAUUGGCUGUUUUGUUUGAAGAUGCCUUGGUUCUUGGUGCUGUUAAUGACACUGUGCUCUAUGACUGUUUAUAUACUCAAACCAGUGCUAGAGAACACUUAGAGGUUCUCUUUCCUUUCUCCAUUGUUGAGAGAACCUCUCAGAUCUACCUCCAUCACAUUUUGCGCCAGCUCUUGGUUAGGAACCUUGGUGAACAAGCCUUGCUUUUAGCCCACUCCUGUGCCACAUUACCAUACUUUCCUCACGUACUAGAACUGAUGCUUCAUGAAGUGCUGGAAGAAGAAGCUACCUCGCGGGAACCCAUUCCCGACCCUCUGCUUCCCACUGUGGCGAAGUUCAUUACAGAGUUCCCCCUCUUCCUACAAACAGUUGUUCAUUGUGCUAGGAAGACAGAAUAUGCCCUGUGGAAUUACCUUUUUGCUGCUGUUGGAAACCCAAAGGACUUAUUUGAAGAGUGCUUAAUGGCCCAGGACUUGGACACAGCUGCCUCUUACCUUAUUAUCCUACAGAAUAUGGAAGUCCCAGCAGUUAGCAGACAACAUGCUACUCUCCUAUUUAAUACUGCCUUAGAGCAGGGAAAGUGGGAUCUUUGUCGUCAUAUGAUCAGAUUUCUUAAAGCCAUUGGAUCUGGAGAAACAGAGACACCUCCAGCUACACCAACAACUCAGGAACCUAGUUCAAGUAGUGGCUUUGAGUUCUUCAGACAUCGCAGCAUUAGUUUAUCGCAGUCAGCAGAGAAUCUCCAUAGCAAAUUUAACUUGACAAAAACACUGAGUAUGCCCUCUGGACCAUCUGGAAAAAGGUGGAGUAAAGACAGUGACUGUGCAGAGAACAUGUACAUUGACAUGAUGCUCUGGCGGCAUGCUCGGCGUCUAUUAGAAGAAAUCAAGCUGAAAGACCUUGGCUGCUUUGCUGCACAGUUAGGCUUUGAGCUGAUUGGGUGGCUGUGCAAGGAGCGAGCCAGAGCUGCCCGCGUGGAAGAUUUUGUGUUCGCUUUGAAAAAGCUACACAAGGAUUUCCUCUGGCCAUUUCCAGUCAUACCGGCUUCAUCCAUUAAUUCACCUUUCAAAAAUGGAAAGUACAAGACAGCUAUGGGGGAGCAGCUGCUAAAAUCUCAAUCUGCAGACACCUUCGUAAACAUGGAAGUGGACACAGGGGUUUCAAACACGCCUCGGAGUCGCAGCUGGCUUGGCACUAUCAGCUCUCCUCAGAGAGAGAUUGACACAGUUUCAUCCCAUGGACCACACAUGCAAGAUGCGUUCCUUUCUCCUUUGCUAAGUAAAGGUGACGAAUGCAGCAUUGGUUCAGCCACGGACCUGACUGAAACAAGUUCUAUGGUGGAUGGUGACUGGACCAUGGUGGAUGAAAACUUCUCCAGCCUUAGUUUAACUCAGUCAGAGCUGGAACAUUUCUCUCUAGAACUGGCUAGUAAAGGGCCACACAAGUCACAGGUCCAGCUGAGGUACUUGCUACAUAUCUUCAUGGAAGCAGGAUGUCUGGAUUGGUGUAUUAUCAUAGGCCUUAUCCUCAGAGAAUCUUCAGUAAUCAACCAGGUUUUCAGUAUAAUGCAAUCCUCUGAUAUUGAUGGAGAAAUCUGUCAGAAUAUCAAGAAUGGCCUACAUGCUGUUGACAAAUGGGCUUCUACAGAUUGCCCUGGGUACAAGCCAUUUCUAAAUAUCAUCAAGCCACAGAUUCAGAAACUAAGCGAAAUAGCAGAAGAGCAAGUACAGCCUGAAGCUUUUCAGCCAGUGAAUACUUCUAAGGUUACCGAACAAGCGAACCCCAGAGCUGAGGAAAGCAGGACUUCAUCUAGCCACGGCACUAAUCCUCAGAGUGAUGCUGGCAACAGCAACGUAAGCAGGCAUGAAGAGGAAAAGUCUAAAACAGAGGAUGAGGAUUCAUUCCAAGAAGGCAGUUAUGACUGUAUUGUGUCUUAAAUGGAAGAUGAACAACUUCCCAAGUAUCAGGUGUGAAAGGAAGCAAACCAGCUCUUAGUCAUGCUUCCAUGUUUUGGAUUUUAACUCUUUUUGUUUUAAAUACUUUAGUCUUUGAAAUCUUUUGUGGGGAUAACUGAGCAGCAGUUUCAUCUAAUAAUUUCAAAAGGACGCAAAGGGUUUUUUUAUGCAAUCUUCAGACUGCAGCUUUAGGUUUUAAUGUUGAGAGACACUGAAUACAUAUGGAGAAUGGUUCAGCUAAUGCUCAUCAGUACCUUUACAUCACCAACACAUGUUCUGAAGAAACUACUUAUCUCUUUUUUUGAGCUUGAAAGACAGAGGGGAUUAAAUUUAAAAACUUUUAUCCUUUGCAGCUUGCCUGCCUAAGAAACGUCUGAUCAAUGCAGUUCAGACUGGUUUGAUAUCGAUAUUUUAUAUUAAAGGAUUGUAAAAUAUAUUGUAUGUUUUUGUGAAUACUCUUGUACAAAUACUCAAGGUUGUACCAUAUUUGAAGGUACCAGUAUGUAUUGUGCAUGUUUCUAGAUUACUAGUAAAAUUAAAGCGGAGUUGCACUUCUGUCUGGAUGAGGCAUAUUUUACUGACCUAACAGUGACACAAGGUGGCUUACCUGUUUUUUACUGCCAGUUACACAUCUUGUAGUUGGGUUUAAGGGAUUGCUGAAGGUUAUUUAUUUCACUGUAAAUUCUUUUCUGAAAAAAUGGAUUUUUAAAAUGUAAAUAAUCAUCAUAUGCUCUUGCUAUGGAGAAUUAGUUUAACAGCUCAUACUUAAACAUUUUUCAAACAUUUUAUAAUAUGCAUAAUUGUAACUAAGACAUUUAACUUUCAUACAAUGUUAUGGAAAGCUGGCUGCAGAAGUCUGUUGCUUUGAGGUACUUAUUUUUUCUAGCUGCUGUCCCUAUGUAAUAACUACCUGUAACAGUAUUAAUUUAGAUAUUAGCUUGUUUGUACUGUGCAAUUUGAACAAAAAUGCAACAUUACUCAUUUUAUACAAAAUAAACUAGUUUAUUUUUUAUAACAUCACUUGAUUACUGACAUGGACCAAACUAGUCAUCAUAGGGUAGUUAUAUCAUCUGUUGCUUUUAUAGUGUAGUUACUGAACGCAUAUCCAUUUAAACUCUGAAAAACAUGAAUAUUCACAAGUUAAGUUGAAAUAAGUUGUGGUUUUAUCAUUUUAUUUCCUUUGUAGAUAUGAUCAAGUGCUUUAAAAUGUACAAAUAUUACUGUUGCUUUAGAAUGGCUUUACUAAGCCAGUACAACCAGUACAAGUGCAAUAAUUGUGAGCAUUGCUUGGAAAGCUGGAGAUUUUAGUGAAUGCAGCUUGAAUUUCCAUUUAAGAGUUGAAAGUAAUAACUAAAGUUAUAGGAAGGAACUCCAGUUCAAGAGUCGCAGCAUUGAACUUAGUCUGCAUUGUAGCUACUGGUUACAGAUAAUGUCCUACAAGCCUGUUGUGAUCUGACGUCAAGAUACGUUAUUGUUAUAAGGGGAUAAUUAAAGCUUUUUAUGAUUAAAAACCUGCUUAAUCUAUGUUAAAAGAAAUAAAAACUGUGCUUCAAUUUACUAUUUUUCUGUGAUUCUGUAGUAGUGAUGUAAGCCAAGUCCAACCUGAUCAGCUUUCUGCUGUUCAGAUUUUGGAUCUGUGCAAGUAAACAUAUACACUAACUUACAUACUAACAUUCUUAAUAUUAGUAUCUUGCUACUGUGCUAUGUUGUUUAGCAGUUGCAUCUUUCUAGUUGUGAAAUAUUAGAAGUUUGUACUUCUUUAGUAGUAAUUAUCUCUAUGCAAAUCUUCUGUGGUAAUUUUGUAUUUCAGUUUCACUGCUGUUAUACCUGUAAUUAAAAGACAACGAUGUAUUCAACUUUACUUGAACUUAACCCCUGUGGAAAAUAACUAUUUCUCCAUUCAAGCCAUUGACAGUAAAUCACCAGAAUUCAGGGUUUUCACAGAGAAGCAAAGCUCGAACGACCUCCCUGAUGAAGAUUGUUUUAGUUUGCCAGAUUGUACCCCUAUGGCCUAUUCUAUAAGGUGGACGUAUCAAGCUUCAAAGUUGAAAAUUACCUAAUUAGUGCAUCUUUAAAGUUAUAUCCUCCUAUUGUUUUGAAGAGAGGUGUCCUGGGUAGCCCAGGAGCUGCCCCUGUGUCAGACACAGCCAGCUUCACCCCAGGACACAGCUGAGCCCAUCAGCAAAGCUGCUGCCUCCCCUCUCUAACAUGGUGUGAAGAAAUGCUGGGCAGGAGCUGUAAAAGGGUAGAGUAAGGGGGGAAAAUUAGAGGAACAGUCACACAGAUAGACAGGCCCAUAAAGGAAGAGCAGGAAGAGGUGCUCCAGGUGGUGGAGCAAAGAUCCCUUGCAGCCUGUGGAUCUGUACAAGCAAACACAUAUUUUGCCUGAUGUACUUUCUUAAUAUUCUUAAUUCUGUGCUACUGUUGUUUAGCAGCUACAUCUGUUUAGACCAUAGUGAAGCAGGCUGUCUCCCUGCAAGUCACCCUGAAGCACAUCAGAACAGGUCUCCAUGCUGCAACCCAUGGAGGUUCCCACAUCAGAGCAAGUGGAUGAGCCCUGAAAGAAGCAGCAGCCCAUGGCGAGGCCACACAGGAGCGAGUUUUCUGGCAAGAACGACAGCCCACAGGAACACAAGCAACCCUGUUCCUGAAGGACUACCUUAUCGAGAGGAAGAUCCACAUUGGAGCAAGGUAUGGAAGACUAUCCCAUGGGAGGGACCCCCUGCAGAGCAGGGUAAGAAUGUGAGAAGGAAGAGGGGGGCAGAGAGGAAGUAUUAUGGACUGACUGAGCCCUCUGCACCAUUGUGAAGUGGAGGCAGAAGAGCAAAAUCAAGUCUGGGAAGAAAGGGGAGGCAGGGGAGGGUGGUUUUAUUUUUCUUUGUUGCUAGCCUUCUUUAUUUUUAAUUUGCCAUAAAUUACAUUAAUUUUCCCAAGACCAGUUUGGUUUUGCCUAUUAUGGUAACUGGUGAGUAGUCUCACUGUUUCUUGAGCUUUUUUCAUGUUAUUUUCCUCCUCCUGGCUUGCUGAGGAGAGAGCAUGAGAGGAGGUUGGUUGGCACUUGGUGGCUAGCCAAGGCAAACACACCACAAAAAGUGUAUUUAAUCUACAACUAUCCACUAUUACUUCAACCUGAAUAUUGGAAAAAUGGGCCAUUUAACCAGCUGAGGUCAACAUUUUCUGUGCAAUUUCAGCUUGCUGUCUUUCCUCUCACUUUGCUUAUCCAGCUUACAUAAAGCUGUCUGCCCUGGUUCUUGCCAGCAUGGCCUACUUAAGUGCUCAAUACUUAGUAGCAUAGAAAGAUGCUCAAUUUCCUCCUUCAUCAGUAUUAGCAUAUCAAGUUUUCUUGAUAUGGUUUUCAUCCUGUACAAAAUGAUGAGGUCCAAACACAAAAAAUCACCAUGAGAUCAAGCUUGUAACUUUUUAUUUGACAAAUUAAGAAAAUCGACUCGCAAUCACCUUCAAAACAGUUCCCUUCUGAGCUGACACACAGCUGCAUAUGAUGCUGCAGACGUUCAAAGCUAUUCCACAGAUCAUUUUCUGAAACACUGUUGAGCAUCUCCAUCGAUUUUGCUUUCACAUCUUCUACCCACAAAAACUGGGUUCCUUUGAGCACAGACUUUUACCUUUGGGAAGAGGUAGAAAUUGCAGCCUGGUGAAUAGGAGGGGUGCUCACGCACAGGGAUGUUACCAGCUAAAAACUGCUUCACAGACAAAAAGCA